ACAUGAAGAAGCCAUCCCUUACUGUUGAUUCAGGACCUCAGGGAUUCUCAGAAAUCAAUGCAACUCUCCAUUGCCACGUACAUGGUUCCUUUAAUAUCUUCAUCCUCUGCAGAGAUGGAAAUGCUUCCUUUCCCCAGAACUGUUCACAGCAGGACCACAACACAUUCCUCAUCUCCCCUGUGAGCCUGGAGCACCUGAGGACCUACAGAUGCUUUGGGUCUUACAAACACAAUUCCUACUUGUGGUCACUGCCUAGUGACCCCCUUGAGUUUUCAAUCCCAGGGCCAUCACCCCAGCCUUCCAUCUGGGCAUUUCCAGGAGCUGUGAUUUCCACAGGCAGUGCUGUGACCAUCUUCUGCAGGACUCCUCCAGGAGUGAUCAGAAUGCGUCUAAUCCAUUAUGUACCAGAUGCAAAGUGGUUUGAUCGUACCCCACAGGGAGCCCAGGAGGUGUUUGAAUUCAGUCUGCAGAAUAUGAUACACAGAAAUGCUGGUAUUUAUUACUGUGAACACUCCAAUUUAGGCGAAUCGCCACAAAUUAGUGACAAACUGGAGCUGGUGGUGACAGGUGAGUAACUGCCCAAGCACACUGUCCUUCAGACUCAGUCUCUGAUGCCUACCUCACUGAACCACAUUUGCCCCAUCCCAGGCCCUGCCCUGUGUCUCUGCUCCCAUAUAUGGAUCUCUUCCCUCUCCUCUCAUCUCUUUUUUACCCCCCUCCCCUUCUCUCUUCACCUCUCCUGCCCUCCCCCACUACACUCUUUCUCUUCUCUCAUUUCAUCCUUUCCUUUUCAAUUUCCAUUUUUCUUGGCAGUUUUUGGAGACAGGUUCUCAAGUAUCCCAGUCUGGCCUUGACCUUGCUGUGUAUCCAAACAAAUCUUGUACUUAUGACCCCUCUGCUUCUAGUCUCCUAGUACUGUCAUGAUAGACCUGGACAAUGACACCAUUCAUAUGGUGAUGAUUAUAGACCCCCGGGCAUUGUGUAUAUUAGGCAAGAAUUUGACCAACUAAGAUUCAUCCCCAGACCCUUCCAUUUUGAUUUGUGACCCUCCCUCUAUGCUGACCUUGUUCUAGGUUCCUUUCAGAACAGUACUUAUAUCUCCUAAAGGAUGGAGUUCAUGGGCAUUGACAGCAGCCUUCUGUAUAUACAUAGACAUUCUCUAUGGUCCUGGUU